AUAUUUAUCAGGAGAUUGGAGCGACGAAAAAAACCCUAGUUUAUUCCAUAGUCUAUACGCGACCGUGUGUUGGCGAUUCCUUUUCCAGCCUCUCCCUCAAACCCUGAAGAGCUCUGCAACUCGGAGAGCGGCUCUAGUUGGGUGCAGAGGAGGGAACUAACGGGUGAAGGAAGCUUUUUUAGGUGUUCAGCUUCGGCGUAGUAGCAGCAGAAGUUGCAUUAGACAUUAAUUUUGUAUGGAGGCUUAUGCAAGCUUGAGAGGCAGUCUAACGAACUGAAAUUGGCCUUCAGAUAGUUAUAUUAUAGGUUGCUGUAUUGAUUUCUUUGCGUUCAUAUCCUUAAAAUGGCCGAUGGACAUGAAACUGACAAGAACAUUGAGAUAUGGAAGGUCAAGAAAUUGAUCAAGGCACUUGAAUCUGCUAGAGGCAAUGGUACCAGCAUGAUCUCACUGAUCAUGCCUCCGCGUGAUCAGAUUUCUCGUGUCACUAAGAUGUUAGGUGAUGAAUUUGGAACUGCUUCAAACAUCAAAAGUAGGGUUAACCGUCAGUCAGUGUUGGGUGCCAUUACAUCAGCCCAGCAGAGGCUGAAGCUUUACAAUAGGGUCCCUACUAAUGGAUUGGUACUGUAUACUGGAACCAUUGUAACAGAGGAUGGAAAGGAAAAGAAGGUGACUAUUGACUUCGAACCUUUCAAGCCUAUCAAUGCAUCACUUUACCUCUGUGAUAACAAGUUCCAUACGGAGGCUUUAAAUGAGCUUCUAGAGUCUGAUGAUAAAUUUGGUUUUAUUGUCAUGGAUGGGAAUGGGACCCUUUUUGGGACAUUAAGUGGAAACACGCGUGAGGUACUUCAUAAAUUUACAGUUGAUCUCCCUAAGAAGCAUGGAAGGGGAGGACAAUCUGCUCUUCGGUUUGCCCGUCUUAGAAUGGAGAAACGUCACAAUUAUGUGAGGAAAACAGCUGAGCUUGCCACACAAUUUUUCAUUAAUCCUGCCACAAGUCAACCUAAUGUUGCUGGAUUGAUACUUGCUGGGUCAGCUGACUUUAAGACAGAGCUAAGCCAGUCUGAUAUGUUUGAUCCCCGUCUCCAGGCCAAGAUCCUGAAUGUUGUUGAUGUUUCUUAUGGUGGGGAGAAUGGUUUCAAUCAAGCCAUUGAACUUUCUGCAGAGAUUCUAUCAAAUGUGAAGUUCAUACAAGAGAAGAAACUGAUUGGGAAGUAUUUUGAGGAGAUAAGCCAGGAUACUGGGAAGUAUGUCUUUGGUGUGGAUGAUACCCUGAAGGCUCUCGAGAUGGGUGCUGUUGAGACCCUUAUUGUGUGGGAAAACCUGGACAUUAACAGGUAUACACUGAAGCACAACAGUACGGGUGAAAUUAUUAUAAAGCAUUUGAACAAGGAACAAGAGGCUGAUCAGAGCAACUUCCGGGAUCCGGCCACUAAUUCAGAAUUGGAGGUUCAGGAGAAGGUUUCUCUGCUUGAGUGGUUUGCCAACGAGUACAAAAGCUUUGGGUGCACUCUUGAGUUUGUCACUAACAAAUCCCAAGAAGGCUCCCAGUUCUGCAGAGGUUUUGGUGGCAUAGGUGGCAUACUCCGCUACCAGCUUGAUAUCAGAUCAUUUGAUGAGGUUUCUGACGAUGGAGAAGGGUACGAUGAUUCUGACUAGCAAUCAAUCAAACCUUAUUUAAAGCCUGGUGCAGAAGGGUUGUGCAAAAGGGCCUGCAUCAGGUGGGCGUGUUAUGCGCUUGCUGCUGCUGCUGCUGUUUUUCUGGUCGCUUGCUGCUGCUGCUGCUGCUGUUUUUCUGGUCGAUUUGAGAGGUUUGGUGGCUAUCCAGGGUUUGGUGGAGCAGCUGGAUGGAAUUACUGAAGGAUGUAAGCUUCUUUCUUGGCUGUAGGAAAUGGUACAAAAAUCAUGCAUUUGAUUUUUCUG